AUGGUGGAUAAUGCAUGGCAAUGCUUCAAGGCCUUGUCUAUUAUCUUGUAUACAUCAAUUUUCUUCUUUCAGUUUAAUGUUUUACCUACCUAUGGAGAUGAUGAAGGAUGUUUGUUGAACUUCACAUCAUUAGUGUACCAACCAAAUGGAGACUGCAUAAUAGAGCAUGAAAAACAGCACAAGAUCAAAUCAUGGGGCAUUCUGAAAACAACCCUCUGCUGUCAAUCCCCUCUCACCCUCAUCUCUAAAUCCCUGGCUCGACGACUAUCCUCCUCUGCAGAUAAAUCGGUCUUCCUGGACUCCAAGCAAUGGUCAAGCUGCAGCAGCCCCUCCAUCUUCCAACCCCAGACCGCCUCCGUCAACUCCCACCUCUGCAACUUCAAUAACUUGUUCAAAGAAGCUUCCGAUUGUGCUGCCCACUCCCUUGCCGACUUCAAAGCAAUUAAGGACUUCAAUGAUGCCAGUGCAAUAUGCGGCCGCUUUCAUCAAUCUGACUCCUUUGAUGACAUCUGUAGGAACUGCAGCCGGGCCGUCUUGAAGGCCAGAGAUGCCCUCUCAAAUGGAAACCAAACGAAGAAGGAGGUUUGUGGGAUUGCUGUUGUUACCGCCCUUGCUUCCGAGAAGUGGAACGAGACCUCAUUAGCCCUUGUCGAUGAUUUCUAUGCCUGUUUGCGUUCCUUGGAUGUGCAUGAUCCAGGCUACAUCAAACUGAAACAUUCCGUUUUCGAGACAUUACUUGGCGUUGUUCUUGCUAGCAUGAGCUUGAUGUUUGUUAUCAUGCUGGUAAAAUACGUAAUGCGAAAGAAACAACAACAAGGCCAAUCGGCUCAAUUUCACACGAAAGAAACUCCAACAGCAUGGUCCGGCCUUUAUAGCUUCUCCAAGGCGGAAAUCGAGCACGCCAUUAACUUCUCAGGUGAAAAACAAUGCCUUGGGCGUGGAAGCGCCGGUGAGGUUUAUAAAGGGAUUCUGCCAAGUGGACAAGCCGUUGCUAUCAAGAAGAUAAGUAACAGAAACAACGCGGAUUCUUUCACACGCGAAGUUGAGGGUCUUUCUAGAAUCCGCCACCCGAAUCUUGUUUGCCUUUUUGGUUGUUGCACUGAAGAUGGUGAACAGUAUUUGGUUUACGAGUUUUGUCCUGCAGGAAAUCUUGCCUUUAAUCUCUUGAGAAGGGAUAGCGUUUUGGCCUGGGAAAAAAGAGUUAAGAUUUUGAGAGAUUGUGCACUUGCAAUAAGAUUUCUCCAUCAUUUCAUAGAUGGAUGCAUUGUUCAUAGAGAUAUCAAGCUUACAAACAUCCUUCUUACGGAGAACUUAGAGCCAAAGCUGUCAGACUUUGGGUUGGCAAAAGUUCUAGGGAUGGAAGAGAGCAAAGUGUUUACAGAUGUUCGUGGAACCAUAGGCUAUAUGGACCCUGAAUACAUGAGCAACGCCAAGUUGACUUGUGCUAGUGACAUCUACAGUUUUGGUAUUGUUGCCCUUCAACUUCUUUCAGGUCAGAAAGUCAUCGAGCUGGAUCUAGAAGCCAGAGAUCAACUCACCAGAAAAGCAAAGGACGUGAGCAUGGGGAGGCGUCCAUUGACAGACAUCGAAGAUCCAAGGCUGAAGGGGAAUCUCAACACUGUAGAUUUUGAAUCCAUACUACAAGUUGCGGUGCUAUGUGUUGCUAAAUCAAGCAAAGGUCGGCCAACAAUAGACGUUGUGUUUGGGGAGAUGGAUAAAGCAUGGCAAAACACACUGGCUGAUAUGAGAGCGAAAAGGGAGAUGAAGUUGUUCACUGCAACACAGCCUAUGGAUGUGCAAGUCAUUUCUCUGUGAAAUUAUAAGACUUUUGUUGCAUGUAUAAUUACAGGAUUAGGAAUAAAAGUUGCUUCCUGUACAACCAUGUCUCAUGUACAAAACGUAUCGAGUGAGUGAGCUUUUUUGUUGUGGAUUUAGCGAGGUGAUCAGCUCGUUUACACCGUAAAUAUAAAUACAGUUGUUUCUGGUUUAAAUUCUAAAA